AGAACAUGUAUGGUCUUAACUUUGCUUGAAUGUAUCUAUUUAAUUUAAUUUCUAAUAUAAGGAAAUGGGGAGAGGAAAAACCAACUUUUAGUUUUAGUUGACUUCACUCUGUUCAUACUUGCUCCCACGUAAGGACACGAGAUGAUUGGCACCACAUCAAUAAUUCUGUACUUUAUACUACAUCUGGAGUUGAUAACAGCUGUAAAUCUCGAAACAGACGGAAGCGAGUCUCCUGUUAUCAACACAGAGUCCGGCCUGGUUCGUGGAUUGACCACAUACACUGCAAAUGGAAAGACUGUAGACGUGUUCUGGGGAAUUCCUUAUGCAGAGUCACCUACUGGUCAUUUGAGGUUUCAACGUCCUCAGCGCAAAGAACCUUGGGAGGGGGUUCUAAAUGCUACGACCAAACCAAACUCUUGUUUCCAGACCAUCCAGUCUUCUUUUGCGAACUUCUCUGGAGCUACUAUUUGGAUUACCAAGACUUCUCAGAGUGAGGACUGUUUGUACCUCAACAUCUGGGUUCCACACCCCCAACCACAGAAUGCAACAGUCAUGGUCUGGAUUCAUGGGGGAGGUUUCUACUCUGGUUCAUCUACUCUGGAUAUUUAUGAUGGCGGAAUAUUAUCCUCUGAAGAGAAUGUCAUCGUUGUUUCCAUGAAUUACCGUGUAGCAAGCUUGGGUUUCCUUUAUUUCAACCGAUCAGACGCGCCUGGUAACGUUGGACUUUUCGACCAACUCAUGGCUUUGGAAUGGAUAAAUAAGAAUAUUGUGUAUUUUGGCGGUGACUCGGGAAAAGUGACAAUUUUCGGAGAAAGUGCUGGAGCCAGUAGCGUGAGCUUACAUCUUUUAUCGCCUUUAAGCAAAGGUCUAUUUAACAAUGCAAUAAUGGAGAGUGGCUCAAUAUUGAACUCUUGGAGUUUUCACGAUCGUGAAACUGCCAUCAAUCAAGGGCUGCUUUUAGCAGAAGCUGUAAAUUGUUCUCACGAUCCUAGGGACUUAGAUUCCACAAUGGAAUGUCUUCGAAACGCAGAUCCACUUCAUCUAGUAAAAGUUGAUUGGAUUGGAUUCAAUUUCUCGGAUUUUCUUUUCACUCCUGUUAUUGAUGGAAUUUUUCUCUUGGACAUCCCGGAAACACUACUGAACGAAAACACUACUAAGAGACAAAAUCUUUUAGUAGGAAACAAUCAGAAUGAAGGAUCUUACUUUUUGGUCUAUUAUUUUCCAGAAAUAUUAAAGGAAGAACAAGUUGGUGUCACUCGAAAGCAAUUUCAUAAGUUAGUGGAAAAAGUAAUUCCUGACGCAAAUAAUUUCCAAAGAAAGGCUAUUAUUCACCAAUACACAGACUGGUUAGAAGAGGACAACACCUAUAACAACAGGGACAUGUUAAUUGGCAUGAUGGGGGACAAGUUUAUCACGUGCGAUACUAAUGAAUUCGCCUAUAAAUACGCAGAGCGAGGAAACGACGUCUUUAUGUACUUCUUUACUCACACACCUUCUGUUAGCUCUUGGCCUCGGUGGAUUGGUGCUACACAUGGUGACGAAAUAUCCUUUGUGUUUGGAGCACCUUUAAACCCUCUUCUUGACUACAGCACCGGGGAGCAAGAACUUGCCCGAAGAAUAAUGAAACACUGGACAAACUUUGCUAGAACAGGUAAUCCCUCUAUCGUAUUCGAAGAUUUGAACAAGACAAUACACUGGCCAAAAUACACUACCAGAGGGCGUCAUUACCUUACAUUGGAUACUCACGCCAUCACUGUUGGAAAAGGUCCUAGGGCCCAACAGUGCGCUUUUUGGAAAUUAUUUUAUCCUUCACUUUUCGAAACGACCUGUGUGUAAUAUUUGUUCCUUUUCUGAUUUUAAAUGAAGAAUUAAUUGUUCAUUAAAAUUGUACUGAAUUUUUAUAAAACGAUAAAUAAAACGUGACAA